CUUUUCACCACAGCCAGGCUUCACAAGAAGAUUUUGCGAGUCGAAAGCAUUCUUUUGGCCAAAAAGUGCAUUUUCAUUUCGGGAAAAGAUGUCUUUUACAAAUGUUGCCUGUGAUUUCCUUGACUGUCACUGUGAUUCUGCUGGUGCUGUACUAUAUGUUAUCUCCUGCAUUCUCUUUCAUCUACAUUGGUGGAAGCCUAGAAAUUCCUAACCUGACCUACACAAGUGACCUAAUGCACCCCAAAUCACAUACAUUUAUAUUGCAAGCUGAAGCUGUCCAGAAUUGUUUUCCAGAAUUGUAUGGAUCUUCUGCCUUAGGGAAUUAUUACUUGACAUCUGUUAUUACCGCUUUUAGUGAAGGAAAGAGUGGCCUUCGAGCUUAUUACUGGAGUACAUUUUGGGCCCCACAAGAUAUGGUUCUUUCUAUUCAAAAUCUGUCUUCGACAAAGCAAAAGCAAAUACUCAGUAAACGAUUACCUCCAACUGAUAACAGCACGGCUGAAGCAUAUUCUUGGGAAGAGGAUUUUGAUGUUAUUACCAUGGAGCUCUUUGUUUCAGAUUCUAUGGACUAUGAUGUGACAUUGAAAGCAGUGCUUGCUCUUAAGUUGAACCUAAAGGAUUCAGUGAGUAAGAGGAACAUCUCCAGCUCAAGAGUCAUGGAAAUGAACAGGGUUGCUCAAGACCACCUUUGUACUCCCAUGCAACUCAUUUUCAUUCCAAGGCCUCUUCUGCAGAAAAAAAGUAUUGCACUCUGA